UGAUAACUGGUGUUUUUAUUCUUGAAAAAUGUGGGCCUCUAGUUGUAUUGUACUGGCGGCCUCGUUGUGCAAGGGGCUUCUUUUUGGUUUUGGUUUUGGUUUUGCUCUGCUAUACAACGUCAUAGAAGUGGGUUAAUUUGGGUUUGUUGUUACCCAAUACAAAAUGCUCUCAAAAUUGUCUUCCAACAAGCUCUGCUCAAUUCAAUUGUCUGCAGGCUGUUGUAUUAUGCAGGCAGUAUAAUCCUUUAGGGCAAAUCUUGUCUGUUGUAUUAGGAAGAGUUCUGUGUGGCAGAUGAUAUAAUAAGGUUGGGUGGAGGAGUGGAUUGGAUGAUUGGAUCAGAGGUGUGGGUAUGAGUCUAUAUAUAAGUCUAUAAAGCUCAGUGAGGCUUCUUGUGUAGGGAAACUAAGAAUUUUGAUGUUGGGGUUGUGUAGAGAGGACUUUUGCUGGUUCUGUUCAUGUUAUUACCUGAUCAACGAAGGGUGGGAGGAUGUGGAUUAGAACAGUAAGUGCCCAUGAAACCUUUUCUUUCCUUUCUGCCCUCAGUUGACUCUUUGAAGUGUUGACAAAAUAUCCCUUUUCAAAAGACUGUAUUGUAGCUUAAUGGGAUAGCAGCCCUACUUGUGUUAUAGCAAUAUGUACAUUUUCAUUGUGGAUAUCAUUGUUGGAAUUCGUUCUUGAAGACUGUUGUUGUUUGGGCUGAAAAAAUAAGAUUUGCAGACUUAUUGCCAUCAACAGUAGCAGUUCCAAUGGAGAAUUCUGCAAAUCUGUCAAGCCUGGAAUGAUCUUUCUUCUUGCAGAACAGCUGCCCCACAGUAAUAUAUUUCCAUUCACCAAAGAUAGAUAAUGUUGGAUCUUGUUCUCCAUAUGCUGGGAGCCUGCAAUGAACUGGGAGUCAUGGCAAAAAUAUGAGUCAAGAUAGUGACUACAGUAUCAAGGUGCUGAAUCAGAAGAGAUUUAGCCCACUACUGCCAUGAAAGGCAACCUGGACAUUAUGGGUAUUAGUCAUCAGACUGAGUUUCACAUUUCUAGGCACACACCAAUGCCAUUCUCUGAUAAAAGAAUGAAGGAGGAAUAUAGGUCGUUUGCAAUGCAUGAUAACGAUAAUGAUAAUGAUGCAUCAGCAGAAGGUUUAAACCCCUUUCAGGUGACUAGCAGCCCAAUGAGUUGGGGUUUAUCUGCACCAGAGAGUGCUAAUACACUUAUUGGUCAUCUAUCUUCCUCGGGUCUCGAGGGACACAUGGAUGGGAAUCCAAUUGGGACAAUGCAUUCCAUGCAGUUUGCAAACGAUAAUCCAUUAGGCCAGGAUAAUCAAUUUGUGCUCAAGAAUCCUUCAAAAUUGAAAGAUGUUGACCAUGUUCAAUCAAUGAGUCCCGUGGGUCUGAGUAGUGAUAAAAUUCCAAGUGGAAAUUAUAGCCAUUACUAUGAAGAAUACACUACUGCAAUCAGUAGUGCACAGGGUGAGCAGGAUCAAAGUUGGCCAUCGUUGGGGGUGUCUAUAGCCAAGGGGAUGGGGAACCUCGGAGCUUGCCAUGAUGCCAAUUGCAUGGAGCAGCUGCUGGUGCACUGUGGAAGUGCUCUAGAGAAUAAUGAUGUUACGUUGGCCCAGCAGAUAAUGUGGGUUCUGAAUAACAUUGCAUCUGCAGAGGGAGACCCAAAUCAAAGGGUGACCUCAUGUUUCUUAAGAGCACUUGUAGCAAGGGCUGCAAAAAUGGGCAACACUAAUAUCGUGCCCAAGGGAAUGGGUAUGGAUGCAGUACCACCUUCAGCUGGUGUGUCAAGCAAGAAGCUAUCAGUUAUUGAGCUUGCAGGGUUUGUGGACCUCACUCCAUGGCACAGAUUUGGAUUCUCAGCAGCAAAUGGUGCCAUUGCAGAAGCAGUGGAGGGUCAAUCAGCAAUUCACAUUCUGGACUUUGGGAUAACUCAUUGCAUGCAAUGGCCUACGUUGAUUGAUGCCUUAUCCAAAAGGCCAGAAGGGCCUCCUUUUAUCAGACUCACAGUCUCUUGUACCAGGCCUCCUGUUCCUCCAUUGCUAGACAUGUCAUACCAGGAAUUGGGUACUAGGUUAUCCAACUUUGCAAGGUCCAAGAAUGUGCCCUUUGAGUUUAGGGCCUUAAUUCCCCAAAAUCCCAAUGAGGAAUUCCCAAACAUAUUAGAUCAACUCCAGCCCUCUUUGCUGGAUUUGAGAGAGGGAGAGGCUCUGGUUGUCAAUUGUCAAAUAAGAAUGCACUAUAUACCAGAUGAAACUGCAGAAUCUGCAAGCUCUAAUUCUUCUUCUUCGUCAUCUUCCUCGUGCCAAAGGGACGACUUUCUAAGAAUAAUCAGGAGCUUUGAGCCCACAAUAGUUACCCUUGUUGAUGAGGAUUGCAAUCUCACCUGCGCCAGUUUAGUUUCAAGGCUAAAAUCUGCCUUCAAUUACUUAUGGAUCCCAUUUGAUGCAUUGGACACAUUUCUUCCCAGGGAUAGCAAACAAAGGCAGCAAUAUGAAGGUGAUGUUGGAUACAAGAUAGAGAACAUAAUUGCCUUUGAGGGACACCAGAGGAUAGAAAGACUUGAAUCCAGAGCUAAAUGGGCACAAAGAAUGAAGAAGGCCCAUUUUCAAAGCAUUCCAUUCAGUGAAGACACCAUUGCAGAAGUGAAGGCCAUGUUAGAUGAACAUGCUGCAGGAUGGGGCCUCAAGAAAGAAGAAGAUGAUCUGCUGCUCACUUGGAAAGGGCACAAUGUUGUUUUCGCCACAGCCUGUGUGCCUGCUCAAUUGUAGUUAAUGUCUUUUCAGUCUAGGUUGCAACUUUCUUCCUUUUCUCCAGUGCCUUAGUUAAAAAAGAUGAGAAUGUUUGAAUACAUAAACAGUUAUAUGUACAUGUUAAAUUGAUAAUGAGAAUUCUGUCGGAAUGGUCUAAACCAGAGAUGAUUCAAUAUUGCUACAACUUUUUCUUUCAGGAAUA